AGUCUCUGACCAGCUGUCUUUGAAGUUAGGGUGGUGGACUAUGGUUUUAGAAUUUGGUAGUUAUUCACUGCACUCUUUGUUAUGACGUUUAGCUGACAUAUUCCGUUUAGUGUUAUUUAUUCUAAUGGCAAUAAGUAAUGUUUGAAUUUUGCUAUCAAAGUUUAUAAAUUGGACUGUGUAGUUGUGUGUAGUAUUAGUUGCCCAGGAAAACUAGAGCCGGGCAUGAGGGGCGCGUCUGGUGCGUGCGCGUCGAGGCAUGGAUAGCCUGCAGGUGGUGGCGUCGGCAGGCAGCAAGCCGCCCAGCUGCGGUGCGUCGCCGGGCCGCCCGUUCCCCGGCUCGCACAGUAGCCACCACCUCUCUAGCGCACCGCACGCCUCGCACAAUGUCACAGUGCCGCAGUCGUCGAACGAUGGCAGCGGCGGGAGUGCCGGCAGCGUGGCCAUGAGCACGGCGACCAAGCAGCGGCACAAGUCCCCCGCGUCGUCCCGUCGAGACAAGGGCUCCUCCAAUGGCGGCACGCCGCACCUCGUGCGCACCUCCGAGCCCUUCUUCGGCACCGGCUCCCAGGAAGAUGCGGUCGCCGCCCACAGCGGCACGGACGAGGACGUGGAUAUUUUUCUGUCUUCAUCGCCAUUCCUCUCGAAUGGUUCUUCCGAACACGUGAUGGCUAGCGACGACGUCGACGGCCAAUUAACCAGCACGUCAGAGUUCCACAGGACGAGGGCGGCAAUGGAACACAUCCAGAACAAGAUAGCACGAACCAAAGAACAAAUCAGAGAUGAACAGACAGCUCGAGAUGACAACGUGAACGAGUACUUGAAGCUGGCGGCCAAUGCGGACAAGCAGCAGCUGCAGAGGAUAAAGGCGGUGUUCGAGAAGAAGAACCAGAAGUCGGCGCAGUCCAUCUCGCAGCUGCAGAAGAAGCUGGAGAGCUACAGCAGGAAGCUGCGCGAGCUGGAGACGUACGGCCUGCCGGGCAGCCACCACCGCCAGCCGCGCGAGAUGCUGCGCGACAUGGGCCAAGGCCUCAAACAUGUUGGUGGCAAUAUUCGUGAUGGCAUCACUGGUUUCUCUGGGACUGUUAUGUCUAAACCUAGAGAGUUUGCUCAUCUGAUCAAGAAUAAGUUUGGAAGUGCAGAUAAUAUCAACACACUUUCCAGGAACGGGGACAGCGGCUCGGGGGAGGAGGAGAAGACACACCACGGCAGCGCCACCCUCCCGGGCAACUGCAGCCUGGGCGGGGGGUCGGCCCACGCGUCCUCCAGCGCCGGCGCCAUCAAGAUGGCCUCGGAGGAGGGCUCCGGCUGCAGCUCGGUGACGAGCGAGAGCAUGGCCCAGCGGCAGUCGCCCUCGCACCACCACGCCUUCCACCUCGCCUCCUCCGACUACAACCUGGAGCCCGUCUUCGUCGAGAUGCGGGAGCGGCGCGAGGAGUUUGAGCGCCUGCGGGAGGAGCUGGAGACCGUCAAGCAGUCGUUGCAGCGGGAGGUGACGUUCGUGGGCCAGACGCUGCAAGAAGAGAGGUUCCGCUGCGAGCGGCUGGAGGAGCAGGUCAACGACCUCACGGAGCUGCACCAGAAUGAGGUGGAGAACCUGAAGCAGACCAUCAGCGACAUGGAGGAGAAGGUUCAGUACCAGAGCGAGGAGCGGCUCCGCGAUAUCCACGAGAUGCUCGAGGCCUGCCAGACCAAGAUCUCGAAGAUGGAGCACCAGCAGCAGCAGCACCAGCAGUACGUCACGCUGGAGGGCAUCGACAACUCGAACGCGCGCGCACUGGUGGUCAAGCUGAUCAACGUGGUGCUGACGGUGCUGCAGGUGGUGCUGCUGCUCGUGGCGACCGCCGCCGGCAUCGUCAUGCCCUUCCUGCGCACCCGGCUGCGAGUCCUCACCACUCUGUUCCUGGUGGGCGCCGUCGCCUUCGUGCUGAAGCAGUGGCCGGAGCUGAGGGACGUGAGCGACCACCUCAUGCGUUACCUCAAGGAGACGCUCUCCAAGUAGCACAGAUUGGCUUGUACAAACCACAAUCUCCACAGAAGACUGUUGGUUGAUAUUUUUAUCACUCUGAACACCCAGGCACUUGUGUUCACGCGGCACAUGCACAACCGACAGCAAGAGUGUCAAUUCGGUCCAGGAAGUUUGUGCGAGAGAAAAACGUGGAACAAAACUUGUGUUUUUCUCAACGGCAGUAGUUGUCAUGGAACCGGACUUUGGCGUCAGAGCAAUGCCAAGAUUUGGCUGGAAAUGUGAUACAUUGUAUGUGUUAAGUAUGAUUUAAGUAUGGAUUUUAUCAUGUCUCUCUUUGGUUUUGCUAAAAUUUUAAAAGUUCUGUAUUUGUACAUAGCUCCACAAUUAGGUAUGUUUUUAAUAUUGUAUUUUUUGAAGAAGUUUUUGAGUGUGUUAAGUAUGUGUUUUUGCUCUCUUAUGGUAGACUUAGUGUUGCAGAUUAUUUAUGUAAAUUUGGAAAGUGCUGCUGUAUUGUGUGUUCUGUACCAGUAUAAAUUUUCACAAGUUGAUUUGAUAGAUGAUAGGUGUACUAAAGUAGGUAUUUUUGAGGUGAAGUCAAGUUGCUUGCAUUUCUCAUAGAUAAGAAAUGUGUAUUGAUUUAGUUAUUGCAAAUUUCAUGUUUGUCAGUAUGUGAAAUUCAGAAUUACAGUUGAUUCUCAAAUGGUGCAAAUUUGAAAAAUGUUAGUUCUGAAUAGCUAAAUAUAGGUAAAUAUAAGCCCUAUCAUUGUAUGUUUAAAAGGUCAUUGAUAAUUUAAGCCUAUUUUUUUAAAUGCCGUGCAAGGUUAGUAUUUCUGUUAGUUCAGUUUAACAGAUUGUGUUUUAAGAGUUGGCUCUCUUUGUUUCUAGUGCAAUAUAAUUGUAAAGUAAUUGCAUUGCAAUUUUGUAUAUCAUGGAAAUAACUGUUAAUAUCGUAAUGGACUUUGUUUUUCUGGUAUAAGUUUGUAUAAGCCUUCACAAAAAUUUUUUCAGCAAAUUUGUGUAUGACUAUUAACAUCAAUGUUUUAUUUUUAUUUUCAAUUACCUCGUGCAGCAUACUCCAAUUAGGCUUGUGCGAAUACAAUUUUUUUUUUAUGCGAAGCCAAUAUCAAAUAGAAUGUUUAAAAUACAAAGUCGAAGCAAAAUGUGAAUAUGUUCUCAGCCAGGUUGUAUUAAACUUAUUUUAUAAAAUACUGAAUUGUAGUAAAAAUAAUGUUUGUUAUGUUAAUAAACUUAUAAGUGAUUAACCAAUUGGGCCAUAUAUAUAACACUAUUAAAUCAAAAUUAUAAACUAACUAUGCAAAAUUGAUUUUUUUUUUUUUUUAAGUAAACAACUUUAUUUGUGCAAAAUAUAUACAAAACAAAAAAAAAAUAAUGAGAAAAACUUAGGCUUCCAUGUUUUAAAGCUUCACAACAAACAUCACAACUGAAGCUUCACGUAAAACGAAUAGCAAAUUUCCUGGAAAAGUCAAACAAAAUUUUAGAAAGAGAAUAGAUUGAUUCACUUAGUCAAAGCUUCGCACAGGCCUAACUCUAGUGUUGAGCAUUGAAUUUAUUGGAGCACUUUCUGGGCCUGAUGCUCCAGUUAAAUGUUUCCAUGCUUAAUGCAGCUGUGACCCUGCAUAGUUAAUUUAAGCUUUACUGUAUUAAUACACAAACACUGUUGCCUGCAUGUUUUUUUAGUAACUUUGAAUGCUAAGUUACACUAUUAGAGGAUCAAUUAUAAAGGAUUUUCACAUACAUUAAACAAUCAAAGCACACAUUAGAUUGAGUACCGUGAUAGAAAUGAGGUGCAAAGUUGUAAUUUCUUUAAAUAGGAGCUUGAUAGUUUUGAGUAUAGAUAUAUUGUAUUGACCUGCAAUUCUUUUUUCAUUAUAUGUUGGUUUCAUUCUGGCAACAGCUGAUCUUGAAAACCAGCUGCUGAAUAUUAUGUGUAUUUCAAGAGUUUUCAAGAUCUGGAAGUAAAUUGUGGUUAACUAUUAUCUAGCCAAAUUGAAACUUCAUAUCUACAAGUUAUUCUAUUUAAAAUGCAUGUGUACACAAUGACCCACCUAGAAAUGGAAUAUAAAUGUUAUGUUAUGUGUUGCAUUCUAGUUGUCUAAUUACUGGAUUGUUCUGUUAAAUUUGACGUCUAGAAGGUGUAAAUUUACUGUUUUAUCAGGCAUGUGCGAAUUAAAAAAAAACAACAAAAUGUUAUUAUUUUGGGUUUCUGGAAAUCGUUGUAAAAAACAUCAUUAGUGUAUGAAUUUUUUUGUGAGAAAAAUGUUUAUUCACUAGAUUGCAUGAAGUGUUGCUGUUUAAAGAACUGGUUUAUAAUUGCAGAACAUUAUGUAAUUUUUCUCUCAUGGUUAAUCUGCUGUUCAAGUGAGGUAUGUGACCUUAUGAAAGGUUUUGUUUUGUAUUUUGCCAUUUUUCACUGUUCUUUAUAAAUGUCACAUAUUUCAUGUACUUACUUUUGCAAUACUUUCAUUUCUUUUUGUAAUUUCUUCUCCUUCUCCAUGCUCCGGCAUUUUUAUUCCAAUACUGGCUUCAGUAACUAGUACAUCAUGUGCUGUCACACAUCUCUCUCUAUCUUAAGCAGCUCUAACUGUCUCGUUGAAUGUUAGUUCAAUAAUUUCCAGAUCAUAUUUCUUAUCAACUUACUAUGCUUCUUCUUGCAUGUUUCUUAUGGCUCUUUGGGCAGUUAGCCCUCUCCUUACGUGUUUUUUUUUGGAUUUUCCUUCAUGCAGUCAGUCCACAUGUCUAAAGCAGCAACUGGGUCUUUGGCGUAAAUCUGAUCGCGUGCGAAUGUGACACCUUAAAAAGUAUUCCGCUAAAUUCUGAUGUUCUUUACAAGUAGUGUCCCAUUGUUAUUGCCAAUGAGCUAAUGGCAUGCCAACUGAAACUUGUGUUACAUACAGUCUGCUUCUGGAAAUGAAGUGAAAAAUUAUUAAUCUUACCAAAAGAAUGUGGUGUUUAUAUAAUUUUUUUAUCUGCAUCCUAACAAAUAAUUUAAGCCUGGGACCAUAUUUAACCAUACCCAACUGUAGUACUUGUUUUUUUUUUUAAUUUUUUUUUUUUUUUAAUAAGCUUAUUUUAUUUUUUUUCUUACUCUUAUUGAAAAUAUUCUCUAAAAUUUCAGUUGGUUAAAAUAUUAACAUUUAAAUGUAUUGUGAAUGGACAUUCGCACAUGCCUACUCUGUUCAUGAUACGGAGUCUCUUGUUUGACAGAUGCUUUAACGAUCAUGUAUACUUUGGCAGCUGAAUACUACGAUGUAGGUAAUAAACAAACACACAUUCGUGAAGCAUCAGACUAUCAAACCAUUUUGUUUGUUUUGCGAGGAUAUAUAGAUGUCAAAGUCUUAAUGUUUGGUGCAGCACUUGUCAAAAUAAAAGACUUAAGUUAUUUUUAACAGAGUGUACGUAGCUGCGAGACUUUCUUUGUGCUUCAUGAUAUUAAGUUAUAAAGUUUUCUUUCCUAUUGUCUCUUGUUAUUUUUGAGAAUGUAUUUGAGUCUGUGAUAUUUGUCAGUUGAUUACAUAAAAAUUAACUUUAAGUGUCUAGUUGCUGUAGUAUGUAUCUUCAUUUGAAUUUUUUUUUUUGUAAUCUUAUGAUACUGUGACUGAAAGUACCAAUGAUUUACAGAAUUUAGAGGAAAUAGAUCAAAUUGCAAUAGA